CUUGAGUCUCCGAACGUCCAGUAUAUAACUAGAUGGAGGGAAUACGAUAGAUAAACACAAGAGCGCGAGUGAAUAUAAUAUUACAGCAAGACGCGCAAAGCCUACGGCAAAAAACCCCCAGUCGCUAAAGCACAAUGCCGCACGCAACCGCCAGCCCAAUCACCAUUCAUAAGAUUGAGCCACAGCCAGGCUCAUCUUUUGACUUUGGUGCCGAAAUCCGAGGAGCUGACCUCGAAAACCUCACUGAAACUGACACCAGAGUCAUCAUCAACGCUCUCUACUCAAACCAGGUCGUCCUCUUCAAAAACCAACAAUCACUCUCCGCCAAAGCCCAAUAUGAGCUCACACGCCUCUUCGACCCCACAUCAACAGACUACGGCCAUGGCAAAACGCUCGAUGCAAAGCGCUCAAUCUUACAUCCCGACCUAAAGACCAUUCCUCAUCAACCACAAGUCCAAGUUAUCGGUAAUGGACCAGUAGCUGAAUUUGAAGGCCUCAAAAACAUAACCUUGAAACACCCACACCACCGCACGUUCCAUAAGGAAGUAAUCAGUGACGAAGACGAUCGCGAUAAUACCCGAUUUUACAGGUGGCAUAUUGACGCUGCCCUGUAUGAUCUCGAGCCGCCAAAGGUUACUAGCUUACUAGCUGUCAAGGUGCCAAAGACAGAGUACCAGAUGCUACGGUAUGAUGAUGGGACAGGUGACGAACUGAAGCUCUCGAGAGGUAGCACAGCAUUUGUGUCAAGCUACAAGAUGUACGAUUUGUUGAGCGAAGAGGAUAAGAAGUUCGCUAGGACCACGAAGGUGCAGUAUGCGCCACACCCCUACAUCUGGAUGUCCCCCGCACGCUCGCGCUCUCACGGUCUCGGUCUCGUUUCAGAAAACAUCGAGCUACCGGCCGAUCAACUUCCCCCAAUCGACAAGUCCAAAAUUAAAAUCCUCCCCAUGUGCUGGAAGAACCCGGUCACUGGCCAGCUCGCUCUGCAAAUUCAUCCUUCCGCCGUUCAAGCGCUGCACCUGGCUGACGGAAGUACAAUCUCCGACCUGAAAGAAGUUCGCGAAAUCGUGCACCGGUUGCAGCGGCCGGGUAUUGCACCGGAGCUAGUGUAUGCAGUGGAUUGGGAGGAAGGUGAUAUGGCUCUCUUCAACAACCGUGGUGUGUUGCAUAGUGUGACUGGCAGCUUCCUGCCUGAGGAAGUCAGAAUCUUCAGGCAAUGUAACAUGGCAGCUAGUGAGGGCGUGAUUGGACCGGACGAGUAAAGCGGUAGAUUGAAGAGCAAUGUGAUGGUAUGAAUAUAGAGUUUUAUUAAAGCGUCAUUACAAUGGGUUGGGGAACGUCGAUUGUGUAUUACCGAUCAACAAAGAUGGUUAGCAUUUCACGGUACUAGCUUCCAACAUGUCAUGCGAGCUUUCCUUCACUGAUCUUGGAAGUAUGAUGUUGGGGCAGGUCCUCCUCGGCGCGCGGGGAAG